CCCGAGCAGUCGCCAUUAGUUUCUAUCGGUAGUGUUGCGUGACUGUCACUUAGAACGGCUGCGCGGGAGACGUUGGCAUUCUAAGCUUCUUAUUUUAGCUUUCACCAUUUUUUAGGUCAUGCUGUCAAAGAAAAUGAGCUAUCUGCACCACCCCCACACCACCCCCAUGGAACACAAGACCCUUUUUCAGCUCCUUGACCGCCACACCGCCGAAUGUCCAAAUAAGGAAGCACUGGUUUACCGAGAUGAAAAAGGCAACCGGAAGUCACUUACCUUCAAAGAGUACAAAGAUCAGUCCCAGGCUAUCGCAGCCAGACUCUUGGAGCUAGGCGUGGGUCGAGGGGACAUGGUGCUAGUCAUGCUGCCCAGUGAGUUCGAAUUUGCGAUUGUCGAGAUCGCUCUAGGGCGAAUUGGCGCAAUUUUUGUAGCAGUAGAAUUCGAUGCCCCUGAAGCUGUAACAAUAUUACAAGAUCAAAUUCACUGCAUAUUUUACUCCCAUGAGAGCAAGGAAAUGCAAGAAGUCGUAAGCGCUAUUGUGGAUCGAGAUCACUUCAAGGCCGCGGUCUAUGUCGGUCCCCACACUACCCCCCCAAACAAACCAAAAGUCUACAGCUAUAGCGAUCUCCUGGAAGCAAGCGAACCGUACGAUCUCGCUGCCUUGUCCCAAGUAGAGGCAGAAGUUCAGUUUGAUGACCCGUUUUUGAUCAUUCACACUUCCGGAAGCACAGGGAAACCAAAGCCUGCACUCUACACCCAUCAGGGAUUCGUCAAUGGAGUGAAAAUAAUAAGCCUCGUCUUCAAGGCGACACGGGAAUCCAUCGUGUUUAGCGAUGCUCCGCUGGACUGGAUCUCGGGCGUCGGGUUUAUGCUUGGUUUGGUUCCGUUCUGCGGUGCAACACUUGUCAUGUUCCCGCCAAAUCUUGCCGUACACGGCCACGUGACUGGUUAUAUUCUUCACAUAGUCGAAGAGGAAAAAUGCACCCAUUCUUUUUUCUUGUCCUAUUUUUUUGUCGACAUGACGCUGUAUUCAGAAAUAUCAAACGUGGACUUGAGCAGGCUGCGGUUCUGCCUUACUGGAGGACAGCUAAUGGACAAGAAUCUGAUGAAGAAAGUCUUCGAUAUUGUGCCCGACCUUUGUAUCUUAUUUAGUUAUGGCGCUACAGAGGCGUUUCUUGUCGCGAGGCAGCCGCUUACAAAGGAUAAUAUUGACUCCGUCAACUAUGCUGCUUUGGAAUUAAACCCUGGGCUGGAGAUUAAGGUGGUGGACAGUAAUGAGAACGUCGUGCCUGUUGGAACACCAGGCGAGCUGUAUGUGAGAGGGCUUUCACUGAUGCACUCCGCGAACGCUCUGAAAAUCGAAGGAGCGGACUACAGGGACUGCUUCACGGACACAAAGUGGUACCGGACAAACGACCGCUGCCUUCUCAUGCCAGACGGCAAACUAAAGAUUCUUGGGAGAAUCGAUAACCUCAUCAAAUGCGCCACAGAAUCCAUUCAACCCUCCGAAGUUGAAACCGUCCUCUCCAAGCAUCCCAAAGUUAUCAGCGCCAUCGCUGUUGGUGUACCAGACCAGCGGCUGUAUGAGACCGUCUGCGCAUGUGUAAAGCUCAGACUUGAUAAAGGCGAGACCGAGGAGUCAGUAGUUGCUGAAAUCGACGCCUGGUGCGCGGAUAAGUUUAUCGUUAGCACUAACGGUCUAUCGUCACAACCUGUCCACUACGUUGUGAUGGAUCAGUUCCCUACUACAAGAACGGGUAAAACGGAUAGAAAAACCUUGAGAAAAAUGGCUAUAGAAAAACUUGGUAUCGCAUGAGCAUGGACGCAAUUAGAGAGUGUCUAAUAAUUUCGGUGAGAACCUUUCAAGCGUGUAUCGUUAACCUGCCGAGCUUGUAUCGGGAACCUUAGUAGCGUUUAUCGUGAACACUCUAAGCGUGUAUCGUGAACCUUCUAAGCGUGUAUCGUGAACCUUCUAGGCGUGUAUUGUGAACCUUAGCGUGUUUCGUGAACCCUCCAAGCGUGUAUCGUGAACCUUCCAGGCGUGUAUCGUGAACCUUCUAAGCGUGUAUCGUGAACCUUCCAGGCGUGGAUCGUGACCCUUCCAAGCGUAAAUCGUGAACUUUCCAAGCGUGUAUCGGGACCCUCCAAGCGUGUAUCGUGACCCUUCCAGGCGUGUAUCGUGACCCUUUCAGGCGUGUAUCGUGAACCUUGCAAGCGUGUAUCGUGAACCUUGCAAGCGUGUAUCGUGAUCCAAAAUAUUCUCGCCGUAAUCUCCCUAAUCCCGAUAACGAUAAUACGUCUUAUAUUACUCCCCAAGCCGCUCCUAAUACUAACCCACCACUGGUUGCGACACCAGCGCCUCAGCGCCGACGCCGCCGUAGACGAAGACGACGUAAAAACAACUCCGUUGUUACUCUUGACCGCACAUCGGUAAUAAACAUCUCCAGCACUUCUCUAUCGCCCGACGAAACUUCUGUUCUUGCUCGCGGCCUUACCUUUUGCCCUACACCACGCAAAAUCGACUGGUCUCAAGUCAACGCUGAUAUAUAUGAUUUCAAUCGUAGGAUGCGACUAGCUGAAUAUUUCUUUAAUGAAGACAAACCCAAUGAUAAUGAUAUUCUCUCUUUUGACGGCUCAUUUAACCCUUUCCGUAACAAAAGCACUUGGACUCCCUCCUCAGGCAGGGAUAACUCACUCGACACCUUCCUUAAUUCUGUCAAACUACAGAUACAAAACUCUACACUUAACAAGACUCGCUCUAACAUCACACCUGGUGAACGUAACGCUUUAACACAACUCAACCAAAGACAAGACAUCAUAAUCAAACCCGCAGACAAAGGAUCCGGCACAGUCGUAAUGGACAAAGACUGGUAUAUUAAUGAAUGUAAUAGACAACUUAAUGACACUAAAUUCUACACACAAUUAGAUGCCGACAUUACUAAUGACAUACAAAAA